GUAAGAAGCUUUCUAGCCUACUACGAUCAACAACAAAAUCGACCUGAAAGUGUCUUUCAACAUCAGAUUAACUCGGAGACAAAUAUUAAGAGCAGUGAGAAGAGACAAAUUCGCCUGCGAGUUAUAACGAAUUGAUCUCUUGUAACUUCCCUGGAACUUUGGCUAUGAAAUUGUGUAAGAAAGAUAAUGAAAAAUCGGGUAGCAGUGACGAGUUUACAUGUUUUGGGGCUCUCGUGUAUACAAAACAGUCAUCUCCCGCAAAAACCGGAACCUAUAAUUUUAGUUGCAAUACUGACGAAGAUGUCAAAUACGCUGGGAACGACCAUGAUUGCAUUUGUUCACUGCAUCGUGAAUUGGACAUUACGACUUCCCAAGGCAAUAUAUUAACAAGUACGUUAUACCUUGUCUCUCAAUUUCUAUGACUUCUGAUUCAAAGUAAUUAUAUUGCUGUUUUGCUACAAUGUAUAAAAACUCGUAACUAAUGCAGGGGCGUACCCUAUAAUACACAAUAACGUCAACCUAAAUAUGUAAUACAGAGAUUGAAAUCAGUUAACCCGUUUAGUACUUGAACUCGCUCGAGUACAUAGAACAAGUAUAGAAGUGGACUUAUUUGUUUCGACAGACAUAAUAUUUGUGAAAAUAUUUCCGCGAUUAGUUAGUAGGGUUGUAUCAAUAAUUAAAAGUAUUAUCUAAUGUUUAUGUAAGACCAAGUGUCGGAGAUCACAUGUACAGGCGAAACUUGCCUUGAGUGAUUAAUCAAUUACUUUUAUAUAGAGUAAAUAAAGCAGAGGUAUAAUAAUCCAAAAUGAAUUGAUCUAAUCAAUCAAAGUCAAAACUAGCGCACGACAUCAUCUCACUGAACCCGAACAGAAACUACAUAUACACAAAGACAACAACUAAAUCUGAUACAUGUAAUAAUACACUAUUUAGCUGGCACUUUCGACCUUUGAAUAACAUUACUUGGGGGCUUCUUAGAUAAACACUCCUGCUACAUUGUAGACAGCAGGUUUCCAUAAAGUACUAAAACAUGUAAAGUGUGAUAAGUAUGUUUCUGAUGUGGAUAAUUAAUUAUCAUAUUUCAAUUCUUACAGGAUGUUUCAGUGAUUCAGAUGAAUCUAAAUGUAUGAUAAGCUGGAACGGGAAUAAUUUUGCCAAGCUGCUUUCCUCUUCAUCUUGUGAAAAGAUUUUGGUUGAGGGUCAAUGUAAAAUUAAGUGCUGUAAUAGUGACACUGAAGUUUUAUGCGAAAAAAACAUUAAAUGCACACGUUCAUCUGGGAAUACGAAUGCAGGGAUCUGUUACCAGACUGAAAAAUCAACAACUCAACAAUCAAGCAUCACUAGAGACGCUGUAUCCACAACUGCGCCCACAACAUCUACGAAAAGCACCACCUUUGUUCCUUUUGACAAAAAUCAUCAAACCGCAUCUCAAGGAAAUGGAGACUCCGUAGUUAUUGCCCUUGGGGUUGUAGCAGGAUUGGCCAUCCUAGCACUGCUAGUCACUCUUGUCCUGGUGUUUAUAUUCCGUCGUCGAAAACGUGGAAGAAAACCGACCUGUACCAAUGUCUAUAUGGAUAUGAAUGUAUCAGAAGUCGGAAGUACUACAUAUGAAUCAUCCAUGGGAAGCCAAAAGCAUCAUGAACGCUUAGAGAACGAAUGUUCGAAUACAAAAGAUCGGCAAUCGGGAUUAUACAUGGACCUCGACGAUACAGCAAUUGUAAAAUCUGACCAAACUACACAACAACAACAAAGUGGCACUGAAGCAACUGAUGGUAUCUACAACAGCAUAGACGAGUAUGAACCGAAUGUGGACGAAGGUUAUUCUCAAACUAACGACCUUUCACAACGUUCACAAGAUCUGGCCAGCCCUGUUGAUUUCCCUGUUCCGUCAGCUGACUAUUUUGUCCUAGAAAAACAAGAAGAAAUGUCUUCCACGAGGCCGACUGAGGAUUUGAACCAGACAGGAAACUAUUUCGUUCUAGGAUGAAGAUCGAGUCCUAUCAGACCUUACAGACAUUAGUACUGACAGCGGAAUUGUUAACGCAAACAAAGCAGAUACUUAUUUUAUUGUAGAAGAACAAAGAAAUGAAAAAAACAACGAAAGUGUGCCAACCGACGAUAAUAUUUUGCUUCAAAAAGGAACAGAAAUCAGCACCAAAGAAGGAACUCCCAAUGAUGAUACCUACAACACAUUAAACAGCGAUAUAAAUAAUGAACAAGAUGAAACCACCCAAGAAGACUACUCUCACGCUAGAGGUGCUGGUAGUUCACAACAGAGCACAACAAGGGAGACAACCCCAGCAGAAAAUGUUGACGACUAUGAUCAGUUAUUCCAAAAACCUAACAACAAAGUUGUGUACGAUGCUGAUAACGAUUACGAGCACAUAAACAAUGACGAUCCUUUGACCUCCCUUUAAUUAUAUCAUGAAUGGUUUGUCGUUCCUCUUAUAUCGAAUGUUGGUACCCUACAGACAGUGUUAUGGUACAUAUGUAGUUGUAUGGCAUUUGUUACAGAUGACACAGAACUAUUGGAGUUAUCUCCCAUUUGAACAUUGCUACAUGUAUAUCAAUAGCACUAUCCUCCCUAUCCUAGAAAACUUUCGUGUUAUUUUAAGCUUUAUCUGUGUAUAUUUUAAUUUGCCCCAAAACGAGACACCUUAAUUAAGGUCAGAUAUAUGGCCUACAUGUAUCAAUCUACAUCAAAAACAGCAAAUUGUAUGCUAAAUUAUUUAGCAUUUUAUAUCCUAGUGUCUCAGAUCAUAGGAUUUUAUUAAGAUGUUUAAAUAAGUGAUAUACAGUUUAUAUAAAUGUUUUAUGAUUUGUCUUAUAACUGAUUGUUUGAGCCAUUAUCGUAAUGUGUAAUACAUGCAAUGGCUACUUACUUGUGUUUACAAGUUGAUAUUUUGUAAUCAUAACCAUUGGAAGGUGUAAUGGUAUUAUUUUUUAACCAAACACGAAUUGUUGCAUUAACCACUUCCCAGCAUCAUACUGACUAGUACUAAGCAGUAUAGAAUGGCAUAUACAUUUUUUCUUUAAUCGGGUAUUCUCUUGUUUGUUACCUUAUUUUGAGACAUAAAACAAAUGAUCUGCUACCCCCAUUGCAACCCUUGGGAUAUAUUCUCUUUCUCGAUUUCCUUCGUUAUCUUUUCAGUAUUGUCUCCCUUAUUUCCCCUUUUCAAUUAACCCCAAACAAACCAAAACAUAUUCCUAAAUUUCUUCAUCGAAUGACCAUCAUGACAUAUGCUUCCUUUAUUAUACAUUCUUGUACAAACACAAUUAAAUUGUUUCAUUAAUUUUAUAUCUAUAAUAAUUACGCAAAAUAAUAUGAAAAGUUUAAGAUAUAUUCGUACACAUGUAUCAUGUUCAAUACCAAAUGCACGUACUCAUCUGGUAGAUUUUAUUACUACCUGAAGCGUAAUAUUAACACAAUCACAAAUACAGAAGUUAUCAAUCAGAAGCCCAGUUAAAUUCCACAUGUUAUAUGCAUAUUGUAAAUAAGCCGGAUGUCCACGAGUUUGUUUAGUGUUGGCUAUUGUCUUGACGGGUUACUUCAGCCAGCAGUACCUUUACAGUUUGUUUAGUGUUGGCUACUGUCUUGACGGGUUACUUCAGCCAGCAGUACCUUGUACUAUCAUAACGUAUACCUUUAGUUAUACUUAUAACGUAUUGUCUGUUUAUCCAUUUAAGGAAAUAUGCUAUUAGAUGUACAAUGUAUAACAUAAAUUUUAACAUAGAACAUACAAUGUAUAUGUCAAUGAAAAUUUGAAUUCAAUUGAAAAGAUAUGAACAGUUUGUCACAUUUUAUGAACAGUUUGACACAUUUUAAGAACAUGUUAGCACAUUUAAUAAGAAAUUGAUUGUCAAAUAUCUUAUCUGGAUGUAGAAAAUCUACAACUAUGUAACACUGAGUCGUAAAAUAUCAUAGAGGUAGAAUUUGAUGCUAGAUUUAUAGAUCGUUUUAAUUUUUAUCCUUCCUUACAAAAAUGUUUCAUAAUCAGAACACUUGAUAUUUCCUCUUGGUACAGCUGUCUUUUCCAAGAGCGUAUAUACGCAUACUUUGUGAAAAACAUGACAAAGACAGGUAUGAAAUAAAUAACCAUGGAAAUAAUUGAGCUCCUGGUUCACAGUUUAUUUGUUUGUAGCCAAAUCUUUCCGAAGACUUUAGGAACUCCCCUUGAAACAAACCGUGGUCCUCUCAUAGCCAUCUUGUUUUUGCUUGUUUAUGAGGCUAAACGUGUAUUUUCCCCAAAUACUGUGAUUGCUGAUACCAGUUCACUGCAUAUCUUUUCAUUAAAGAGCCAUGUAGCUAACAUAAAUUAAAUAUGUUUUAAUAGUCAAUCACAUUGUACGUUACAAAAUAUCAAUCACAAAUGAUUUCCCUUUCAUCAACCGCAAGUAUAUGAUUUUUAUAUAUAUUCUAGAAUAUUGUAUUAAUGCAUAACAAAAAUGUUUACAUUACAA